AUGGCUAUCCAAAACACAGCAGAGGCACCGGGUGCCGAGCCUUUGUCUGUGGACAACUUGAACAAGAAAAACGAGUUGGACAGCUCUGCUAUAGAUGAUAUUGAGGAGGAGGCCGAGCUAGACGAUCGGAGUCUGGUGAGCUCAGGCAAGCUAGUACGCCUGGAUUCCCUGGUGUCCUUCAUUGAUUUGUCCAAGCUCUUGGUGAUGCCGGACUUUGAUUUCGGCAAUGGCUUUGACCAGGUCAGUGGAUCUACGAAGAAACGUCUCAAGGAUAUGAAGGACAAGACCAGACAGACCUUCAAGAAGUUCACCCCGGACGGAAAGGGAAACAGGAAGUUCACCUCGCAGGAGUUGGCCAAGUACCAGGAGUCUCUCCAUGCCAAAUUGACGAAAUUUGACACUAAGAUGCACGAGAGCUUGCAGAGCUCUCUGACGGAAAAGGGCUUUUACGCUGCUGCCGUUGCUUUGGUCGCUGCAGCAGGUUUCAUCAUUGGCAAGUACCCAAAGUACUUUCCCGUUUUCCACACGGUGCUCUUCUGCUCCCUAAUGCCUAUUCGUUUCUACACCUACUUUAAGUUGUCGUUCCAGUACUACCUUGCGGACUUGUGCUACUACGUCAACCUCUUGGUGGUGCUAUUUAUCUGGGUGUUUCCGCAAAGCGAAUCGCUCUUCAUCUCAUGCUUCUCAUUGACGUUGGGAACGCUUUGCUUUGCCGUAAUCACCUGGCGCAACUCGCUUGUGUUGCACUCGAUCGAGAAAACCACAAGCUCUUUUAUUCACAUCAUGCCUCCAAUUACAAUGUUCGUGCUUGUACACGAGCUCCCAGAAGCCUACAUUGCUGAAAGAUACCCCGGCAUUGCAAACAUCGAAAAAUGGAACUUCGCCAACGGCCUUGUGUGGACGUCAAUCUACUACACCAUCUGGCAGGUGUGCUACCAUUACUUCAUCACUGUGCGUAAACGGUCCCAGAUCGCCAAGGGUAAAGUUACGUCCUUCACGUAUCUCAAGCAUAAGAAUGGUGAUAGCACAUUGGGCCGUUUUGUCAACGGCCUUCCCUACACAUGGAUGCAAAUUGCCGCUUUCACUUUGAUCCAGUUCGGAUAUCAGAUGCUCACAAUGCUUCCGUGCCCGAUUUGGUUCAAGUACAAGCAUGCAUGCGGAGGAUUCGUGGCCUUUAUUUUCGUGUGGUCAGCUUACAACGGCGCCACUUACUACAUUGAGGUCUUUGGCAAGCGGUUCGAGAAGGAAGUGAACCGUCUCAAGUCAGAGAUGAUGGAUUUGCAGCAGAAAGUGGAGCGCCAGGAACUGUUGCGACUGACACCACAAUUCUCGCCACAGAGUGGUGCCAAUCUCUCGAGCACGGAACACAUUGCCGAAUUCAGUCUUCUGGACAAGAAGGAUAAAUAA